UAGUCUCCCAUCGUUAUCUGCCAGCGAUAUAUUUAUAUCCCGUCUAUUAUAGUCUGUUCCACCACCAAUCACGAAAACAUUCAGUAAAUUUAACCAAUCAAAAUCUCAACAUCUUAACUUAGCAAGGGUUGACAUUCCUAUAAUCAAUUUAUUAUAUAGUAUCUACAAAGGUAAAUCAUGUCAGGAAAUGAUCCUGUCUACCAACCUACGGGAAGUGCAACUUCAGGAAUUUCAAAUGAAGCCACAACAAUGUUACAGACAUUUUGGCCCCAUAGUUUAGAAGGAAUCAAAAAGAUGACACAGAAUGAAUUCAAGAGUCAAGAACUUCCUCUGGCAAGGAUAAAGAAAAUCAUGAAACUUGAUGAAGAUGUUAAAAUGAUCAGUGCUGAAGCACCCGUCCUCUUUGCUAAGGCUGCAGAAAUAUUCAUUAGUGAACUUUCUUUGAGAGCAUGGAUACACACAGAAGAUAACAAACGGAGAACAUUACAACGAAAUGAUAUUGCAAUGGCUAUUACCAAAUUUGACCAGUUUGAUUUCCUGAUUGACAUUGUUCCCCGAGAUGAACUGAAACCACCAAAACGGCAGGUAAGCAUUUCCUCUACUGAUUUCUUUCAUUUAAAGCAAAUUCAGUUAUAUUUACAAAUGCAGCAGCAACAAUCCCAGUCACAACAAGCACAGCAGCAACAACAGCAACAGCAACAACAGCAGCAGCAGCAGCAACAACAACAACAACAGCAGCAGCAGCAGCAGCAGCAGCAACAACAGCAGCAGCAAGUGCAGCAACAAACACAGCAGUUGCAACCACAACCUGCUACCACACCUGCUCCACAAGUGCAGGUAGCUCAAGCACAACAGGCUGCUCAACAGACUGCCCAAAUACAACUUUCAGGAGAUGGUUUCCCAGUUGUGCUGAGUCAAGGAGGACAUAUCAUUCAGCCCCCUUUCCAAAUACAAGUUGCUCAAUCAGGUAACCUUGGAAAUAACAACACACAUGGGUAUGAAUUCGUAGCGUUACCCAACUCCAGCAUCAUUCAAAUUCCCACAUCACCAGUUCAACAGACAGCGGUUGUCAGCCAACCUCCUCCUGCACCACCCACACCAACACCCACACAGACCACAGUUACACAAGCCAUCACUCAGCAAGCUGUUUCCCAUCAAGUGCAAGAGGUGACGCAACAGGCUCAACAGCAACAACAACAAAUACAGACAGCUCAGGUGAUACAGCAGGUCGUUACACCUUCAGGCGAGAUUCAGAGUUUACCGAUCCAGUUAACUGCUGCACAGUUGCAGGCUUUUCAGAUGCAGUUGCAAGGUAAACAACCAAAUCAACCAAUCAUAAUCCAGGCAGCUCAGCAGAAUGAGCAGACAGUCAUUGGAGCUGCACAACAGCAAUUUACCACAUCCCAGCCAAUUUAUCAAAUUCAGCAAGUUCAGGUGGCACCAUCAAACAUCUUCAUACAGCAGCAAGGCCAUGUGUCAGCAGAUGGAGAACAAGAGGCAGCAGAAGCUUCUUAGUGUCUCAAAAUAUAUAGGUGUGCAGGUGUGUAUGUGUAUGUGUGAGUGUGUGUGAUUAUAUGUAUAUAAAUAUUAUACAUACAUAUUACAUUCAUAUAAGUACACACACAUAUAUAUUUAUAAAUAUAUAUGAAUGAAUGUUUGUAUAUACAUUUGUAUGUGUGUGUUUGUGUGUGUGCAUAUAUAUAUAUAUAUAUAUAUAUAUAUAUAAACAAGCUCCUUAAUUUUAGAAGAGCUUUCUAUCCAUAUCCCUUUUCUUCUUGCACUUACGAGACUUUUGCAUAUAUUUGGAAUUUAAGCUCUUUCUCUAGCAGUAUUUUUAAAUGUGUGCACUUUGUGCAUUACAUAUAAUAAUGUCUGAAUUAAUGUUUUUUUUUACUUGAGCCUUAUGGGUCAAAUAAAAAAACAUUUGUGUGUGUCUGUGUGUGCAUGUGUGCGUGCACAUGUAUAUAUAUAUAUAUAUAUAUAUAUAUAUAUAUACACACACAUUUGUAUGUAUGUUAAAGCAUUGAAAAAAACGAUUUAAGAAAAAUGACUUCGAGGGGUUUGGCGAAUGAAUUUGGACAACAAGGACAAUGAAACAUGAAUUAAAGGCCAUGUACAAGAUAAAUUCUUCAUCUGUUAAAAUUAUCUUCAGUUCAAGAAAACGGUCAAACAAGCAUCUAACAAUUGCUACCAACUGAAUAAGAAAGGGAGAUAAUCUCAAGCGACUAACAAUUCUCCGGAAUUAACAUGCCAUUCAGAAAAUGAGUUUUUUUUCUUUCUUUAUUUUUUGUUUGUUUUUCUGGAGACAUGAGGACAGCUGUGAACAUGUGGUUCUGUCUCAAUGACUGUCAUUGCUCAUAACUUACAGGAUGUUUCAUCCAAAACUCUGACGAUUCUAAAAGCAACUUUACCUUUCUGUAGAUGAAACAACUUGCAAGUUGUAAGUAAACAUUGAAAUAUAAAAAUCACACACUUUGCCUUCA